AUGUCGUUGAUGGUUGACUACUGUCGGUCCGAGGAUGCCGCCAAGAACCUGGAGUGCUGUGGCUCGGACGUUUGGUGCUCCCGGUCUUGUGAGCAGCCGACAAAGCUGGAGAUGGCCGUGAUUCCCAAGGUGAUGGCCAAGUUCGACCAUGUACUGGAAAAGUACAAGGAUCUCCUCGAUCUGACGUCGGAUAUUCUGGAGUUCAGCAUUGUAUCCGCGCUAGAAGACAAUGCGCAUGCGCAAAACCCAGUCGACCUUGCCGAGCUCCGACGGAAGGUGGAGUCUGUCGAGCCACUCACUGCUGCCGCCUCAGCUUGGUUCAAGCAGGAGGAAGGCUUUGCAUUGCAGCCAGGUCAAGACAUAUUGGACCUGGAAAGUGGCAACUUCCAGGUGGCGACCCCUUUGGGGAAGGGCCGCCUCCUGGCCUUGAGCCACACCAUGACAGUGUAUGACUGCACAGCCUGGCCCACCGACACUGGCACCAACGAACAAAAGUGCAUUUUUGGGAACACUCUGGGCGAUGGCUACCAAUACGUGUACAACGCUGGCAGGUACGACGAGAGCGCGCUCCCAGGGUGUGGGUGUUGGUGCUGCCGCAAGCCCGAGGUGUGGCCAUCAAUGAUGUCUCUUUCGCAGCGCCCACUUCAGGCGGCCUUUCCACAGUCACGACUCCCGUCCCCAUGA